AUGGUUAAAGCGGAAGCAUUGGCUGAAAUAAGGGAGAAGAAAGCUGCAAAUCAUAUGCGAGAAUUGAAAAUCCAGAAAUUAUGUCUCAAUAUUUGCGUCGGUGAAUCCGGAGAUCGACUUACACGUGCUGCUAAGGUUUUGGAACAACUAACGAAUCAAACGCCUGUUUUCUCGAAGGCCAGAUAUACCGUUCGAUCAUUUGGUAUACGGCGUAAUGAAAAAAUUGCUGUGCAUUGCACGGUGCGAGGACCGAAAGCAGAAGAAAUUAUUGAACGCGGAUUAAAGGUUAAGGAAUACGAGUUAUAUCGGGAGAAUUUCUCAAACACUGGCAAUUUUGGUUUUGGCAUUCAAGAACAUAUCGAUUUGGGGAUAAAAUACGACCCAUCGAUCGGUAUAUAUGGUAUGGAUUUCUAUGUUGUAUUAGGACGAGCUGGAUCUCGUGUAGCAAAACGUAAACGCGCUCGAGGAAGAGUUGGCCACUCACAUCGUGUUGAAAGAGAAGAGGCUGUAAAGUGGUUCCAACAAAAGUAUGAUGGAAUAAUUUUACCACCAAAAGUGAAAGAAUUACGUCGUGGCGGAAGAAGACGUUAA